AACAAAAGAAGUUAAAAGAAUCUUCCUGGAAGUUCUGUGAUUGUUCUGUGAGUACACAUUUGGAGUACACAUGGAGUACUGCACUUUGAAUGGAUUCCUGGUGGUUUUGAUGAUAAAAGGUCUGUCUAGCUCGAUCCAGUCCUCGACUGAGGGAACUCACCACUAUGGACAGACCUCACCACAGGAACCAGAGCUACCCCUUGCAAAGAUGGUGCCAGCAGUAGUGUCCCCUCCUAGCCUGAAGGAGGUGCAGCAGGCUGUGCAUGAAGUCUCAGAGCAGGUGGAGGGUCGUGAGGCAGAGGAAGUGCUGAAAGAGCUGCUGGACAGGGUGGUAGAGGCCGCUCUCGGACAAGUGGAUGGAGGGAGUGAUGCAAAAGUGGAUCCGGGCACAGUCCAGAAAGCACCUGGGGAAGAAGUCGACUCUCAGGCAGAUGAAAAUAUGGGUGUUGGUGAAGAUGCUAGUGUCGAAGAGAAGCAGGAUGAAGCAGAGGUGGAUGCAUCUAAAGAUAUAUCUAGAGGAGUUGUCAUGGAGGAGGAUAAAAUAGAAGCUGGAUCUGUGAAGAAAACCACAGAAGGUGAUGAAACUGGAGUCAGAGAAGCAGACAGUGUGAAGGUCAUUGACGAGACCUUAGGAACUGAAUAUUAUGAUGAGGUUGUAGAGAGAGUUGUAGCUGAAACAAGGGGGGAUUUAACUGGAAUGGGGAGAGUUCAGGAGAACAACAGAGAUAUAGCUAUACUGUCAGAAGAAAAAAGUGCAAUUGGAACAGAAAUACAGGAAAUAAAGGAAACUCCACCUAUUGAGGUGGCUGUACACAGAGAGCCAGAGCAGCAGACUGUUGGAGAGUCUGAACUUAAUCUGGGAGUGGCUGAUGUGGAGCAGAUAGGACAUGAUUGGAUAAAAGAAGAAUCUCUCGAGGAGGAAACUCAGGUAGACAAAAUUGAAGGUGAGACAAUAGUAUGGCCUUCGGACAAUUAUGACAUAGAAGCCACACAAACUAUAGUCAAAGAGCCAAUAGUAGAGGAGGAAGAGGUAAACAUAGCAAAAGAGCCAAAUGGACCAGAAGAAGAACAAGAACAAGGUAAUUUAGUGGAGGGAGGAGCUGGAGUAGAGGUAGAAUUAGGAGGUACAAAUGUGGGGGAAGCAAAAGGAGAUGACAGUGAUGGAGAGAGUGUGAUCGAGGAGGACUCAGUGGUGCUGGUGAAUAAAAGUGGCGACCAAAAAGAAGCAGAAGAGGAGCAAGUCGCUUUGGAGACUUCAAUUGAAAGUGCAAAAGUGGAUCAAGAUGUGGCGGGGAUCUCUGGCCCAGAACCUGAUGAUGGUGCUGGCAUCACCAUAGAGCAGAGCCCUGAGAACCAGGCUUCCACUGCUGACUUAUUCCUCAUUGAUGUGGAGACUGAAGAAAAAAAUCUUAGUGAUGAGAAAUUUAAUGGCAAUGAGAUCAUCACCCCAACCAAUGACCUUUUCCCAUAUUACCCAGUUGAUGCUCAACCUACACUGGAUAAUUUUAUGAAUGACGUUCUAGCUGAAGACCCCAGGACCAAAGGAGAGGCACUGGGGGAAACCAAUGAGCUAGUUAAAGAUCCAGCUAUAACAACAGAAUCAACUGAACUAGGCCUGGAAACAUGGAAGAUUGGAGCUGUUACUGCUGCAGUUUUCCUGGUUUUGGAGACCGUUGUCAUCAUUAUCUAUAUCAUCAAAUGUCGUCACAGAAACAACACCCUGGCCCUACAGCGUGCAUGUGAGGAAGGGUGUGUUGAACCAGAGGCAACUACCGGAGAUGACUACAGUGAUGACACACUGCCUGCAGGCAGUGGUGACCCUCAACAGAUAGCUGCAUUUGACCCAUCUAAUGUGGCUUCAACCUUGGCCAAAAAAAAUAUCCAGCGAGGAAAUGAGCAUGCAAUAGCGAUGUCAGACCUCCUGCCCAGCUCUACAGAUGAGUGGGCCAAUGCUGGAUCAGGACCAAAUUCCUCACAAGACCUCAGGACUUCUAUUCUCUAGGGGGUCCAACUGUUUGUUCAUUCCUAGUAUAUCUAAAUUAAGCCCAGUGAGCCACCUUCCUCCUCUGUACCCAAUCCCACUGAGACAGCCAAUGAAUGACCUUAAAAUUUCAAACCCUAACCAAACCCAGCACACACUGCCUCAGAUUCCCAAGUGUAAUAACUACUGUACAUUCAUCUUAUACUUAGCACAUAUGACAUUUGUGUUUCUGCAUGUGUAAAUAAAAAAAAAAUGUGUGGAUGAGUGAACAGAGGGAAGUGUGCUUUAAAACAUUGUGUGCAUGUGCAAGUCUGCAAAUGUGAUAAAACUUUUAUGUUUCUACUGCUGUGUGAUGGUUUGAUGUUUGUAAACUCUUUAGCCACUGGAACUGUUAGUGGCCAUAUCACUCCUGCUGUACACAACUGCUGAACUGCCACGAGCAAUCAUUCCAGCUUAUCAGCAAGUCUGACAGUUACACAGACUGCCUUAUUGAAGUGUCAAACAAACAAACAAACAAAAAAGAUUUGAUUUUUAUUCUUCAUAAGU